GGCGCAUGGCGGAGGCAACAGACAAAGGAGCGACUCAGCGAUUGAGUAUCGAAUAGCAAUGUCGAGUGACUCGGAAACCCUAGGCUCCGAUAUUUCGGCAAACCAAUGCCCGAAAGCCAAAGAAGCUGUGGAUUUCGAUUCCAACUGCUGUGGAAUCUGUUUGUUAGAGGACGACAGGGCCAUCAGAGGAUGGGUCGAUAGCUGCGACCACUACUUCUGCUUCGUUUGCAUCAUGGAAUGGGCCAAGGUCGAGUCCCGAUGUCCAAUGUGCAAGCGCAGGUUCUCCACCAUCCGUCGCCCGCCCAAGCCCGGUGUCUUUCCCUCCGAGCGCAUUGUUAACGUGCCUGUUCGCGAUCAGGCUUAUCAUCAUUUUGGAAACGUAACAACUGGGCCUUCAGAUCCUUAUGCAGAAGUUGAUUGUGGCAUAUGUCAUGGUACAGCGGAUGAAAGUUUUCUACUAAUUUGUGAUCUUUGCGACUCAGCUGCUCAUACUUACUGUGUUGGCCUGGGUCACACUGUACCUGAGGGUGAUUGGUUUUGCCAUGAUUGUACUGUUUCUAGGGCUGAACAUGCCAAUGGUGAAAUAGAUGCUGUUUUUGAUGAUCGGAAUAAUUUUAGAAACUUCUAUAGAAAGCCAUCAGCUGAGACGCAUGUUUCUAUAUGUGAUAUUGUAGCAGAACCGUACACCCGCGAGGAUGAGAGACCUCCUUCAAUUGGCUCCUCACAUCCAAACCGGCCGUCAUCUCCCAUUGCCCUAAACAGUGAAAAUUUUGCUGUCAAUAAUAGUUCAUCUAUGUCAGUUGCAAGAACAUUGCUCCGUUGCCGCAAUGUGAAUGCUCAUAUACAAGCAUUACGUGAAAAUUGGAAUGCUUUGCGAAGUGGGUCCAUGACAUUUUCUUCUAUCUUAGGUGAUUCUGGAGGUGAAAGUAGUCAGAAAUAUAAUGUUGGUGCAAGUUGUCCGAAACAAGACAACAAUGCAUGCUCAUAUGAUACUGAGAAAGCAUGGAAAAUGAUGGACAAGGCAAAAUCAAUUCAAAGAGCUUGUGAGAAGACUGGCAUCAUUCAUCAGGUCUCAAAAUAUCCUCUGGGGAAAGUAAAUGUCCCAAAAGAAGUUGCUAAUGUGAAAAGCUCAUCUGCAACUAAUAACCGACAACUUGGAAAGAAAGAUUUCGGAUGGCAUUUCAAGCAUCAUUCUCUUGAAACAGAUAACAAAAGAUACAAACCUCAGAAGUCGGAAAAUCAAGAGCAAGGUGGGGUCACUAGGACGGGGAUUCCAAAAUUCACCGAGAGUUCCCUAACCAUUCAUUCUCUAGUAUCUUUUGAUUCACCAUCUUCUAGGAAAGCAGAGACUUCAUUUCAAGUUGAUGUUCAUCACAGAAAUGGAGUAAGACUAUCACAGAAAAAUUUAGGAGACUCAUUUAAUGCCAUUAAUGAGAGAGAUGGAUAUGGAAGCUUAAUUAUUCCAGAUGGUCCAGUGCCCAGAUCUCCCGAUUUGUCUCAUGCCAAUCUGAAGUUUGGUGCUUCUUCCCUCUGCAAGGAAGAUCUUCUUCACCGGCCAAAAGGUCGUGUGGAAAUAGGAAGUGCAAAAAACAAGGCAAGAAGAGAUGAUGAUGCCAAAAGUGAGAUCCAAUCUCUAGUCAAGCUCAACUUAAAGCUAAUCAGCAAAGACAAACAGUUAGGAGUUGACACAUUUAAGGAGGUUGCAAGGCUUGCUACUCAUACCAUCCUGGCAGCAUGUGGAUUAGAGCAUUCAAAGUCGUGCGUCCGCUCCUUCCCAACCUCUAUGUGCACUCAUUCUGAACAGGUUCAGCAGCUCCACAAGUCCACUCUAAUGCCCAGGUCUUGCAGAGAAUGCUUUUAUGCCUAUGUAAAAGAUGUUGUCAACUUCAUCACAGUUGAGAAAAUGGGUUCUACUGGAUCAUGUAGGGUCUUACCUUAGAUUCUGAGCUGUCUUUUUAACUUGUUAAUGGAGAGUAUACUUCUUUGUUGUUGUAGGAAAUAAAUUUAGACCACAGCUUUAAUCUUUCUAGUUGUUUAUAUGUUGGUAGGCAUGUAAUGCAGGAGGCAAGUCUUUAGUUAAAGGAGAAGUUUAUCUUGUGGUAAACAAAUUGAGACCACAGAGGCAUGCAAAAGAGAGGUAGGCCUCGGUUUAUAAAUCUGUGGUGUAUGUAUUAAUAAAUUUGUAUUAUGUUAUAAAUUAUAGUUAUCUUACUUUUUGUUUU